AUGAUACACUUAGAAGUGGGUAUGGCUUUGCCACCAGAGCGAUCUACUGGACAAAAAUAUUGCAUGUACGGCUUAGAUGCUGCGGGUUACCAUUCAAUACCUCAAUAUUUCAAUGGGUAUUUUAAUAUCACCUUCACGUACAAGCUCUCGUCCAAUAUCACGAUUCCUUAUGUAGUAGUAAAAGACGAAAAUGAUGAAAUAAUCGGGCCCGCACUUGAUAUGCCCUGGAAGAAGUUAAGCGAAAUGAAUAACACGAGUGAUUAUGUCAAAAAUAAGCUGGAGAAAAAGCAUAUUGCAGCAGCGUGGAUCGUAUCCCACUGCGAGACGCCUUGGCGGCGUAUAUAUGCCCAGGCAUUGCAAUAUGAAUUGGCUCAACUUGGACAAACUCUGGAUAUUUUUGGGAAAUGCGGUACCAAGCAGUGUCCUAAAGGUGGCUAUGGGCUAUGUGGUACUUUUAUGUGUCCCCAAUAUGAAAGAAUGGACGAAUGUUUAGCUAUUAUAGAAUCAGAUUAUUAUUUUUAUUUAUCAUUCGAGAAUUCAUUCGGUGAAGACUACGUCACUGAAAAACUUUUGCAUGCCUUGGAACAUUUUACUGUUCCCAUAGUUUUCGGAGGUGCUAACUAUAACAGUAUGAACAAAUCGAGUACAAUCGAAUUUAUUGCUGAAUGGUGGAAUGAGGAACAGCCUCCGUGGCCAACUACACAGCCCGAUAUUGGUGAACAAAAUGAAGUAGAACAAGUAAUGACGAACUUGCUUGAUUUCUUGAAUCCGCCCUAG